AUGACAUCAUUCAUCGCCGAUAGUUCUGCACCAUUCCCUGAUACUCUACUUUAUCAGAACAGCCUACGCCAGCAAAUCAGCUAUCUUGAUAUUCUUCUUCACCAGAGCAGCCAUAAUCAGAAGCUUGCAGCAGCUGCCCGCAGACUAAAUUUCGCAGCUUCGAAUGAAGGAACCCAGCAGCUGAGAAGUUUCUUUCAGACGCGGCACUUGACGUAA